AAUGACCGCCCAACUUGCUUCUGCCAUUUCUGCUCCUGAUUACUACAACUGCCAAAUGCAGCCAGGGCUUGUCAAACGUCAACGCGAAAUUUGUAGGCAACAUCCUGCUGCUAUGCGUGCAAUUAGUGAAGGCUUAAGAAAUGCUAUUGAUGAGUGUCAUGUUCAAUUCCAGAGGGUAAAAAUUAUUUUUAAUAUUCAUAUUAUAAGAGAUCGUGUGCUGCCACUAAAGCUUUCUAAAACUCUUGGUCAUGUCUUGACUGAAGACUAG